UAUCUCAGUAUAUCAAAGUAGUCUCACCUGUUAACUUCGUCUGAUCAAAGUAUUUAACUUUUUACUAUGGGUUUAAGUAGGAAUAUUGUUAGUUGUAUUAUUGUUGGUGAUGGCAUGGUAGGAAAAACAUGCUUAGCUAAGAAAUUUUGUGGACAAGAAAUUGCAGAUAAUUAUGUUGCAACUAUUAUGGAUACUUUUACUGGAACAGUAUCAGCUUAUGGACAAAAAUAUACAGUUAACAUCAAAGACACUGCUGGACAGUUUGAAGACUCUGAAGUAAGAGAAAUGGUUUACAAGGAGUCCAAUGUAUGUGUCAUCUGCUUCAGCGUUCUAGACAGGGAUUCCAUGGAGAGUGUUAAAUCGUUAUGGGUUCCAGAGAUUAAGAACUUUUCCAAGAAAGUGCCCGUUGUGCUUGUGGCUACCCAGUCUGAUCUCCGAGAAAAGGAUAAUACUGAUCAUAUAACUAAAGCGGAAGGAUCAAAACUUGCAAAGGAAUUGGGUAUUGAACAAUUUGUUGAAACUUCCUCUUUAAAGAAUGAAGGUGUUAAAGAGGCAUUUGAAACUGUAGUGAAAGCCUUAGUCAUGAACAAGAAACGUAAAGCAAAAUGGUUUAAGCCAGCGUUUGGAUCUUGAACUUUAAAUAUAUGUCUCUGCCCGGAGACUUGUACGUACAUAACGAAAUUCUGAAUACAUCAAACUCGGAGCGUUCGAUGAAAUUCGAAUGACCGAGCGCAUGCUAUCUACUCGUAUGAUGACGGAGAUACACAUAUAGAACUUACUAUGUCUACCGUGUGACAGUGUUCUUACAACAUCAAUGGAAACCGAAGCUAUGUUUAAAUACAAAUCAUAAAGAUCGUAUAUGAUAAAGAACAACAUUUAUUUAUAGAACUGUCAAAGAAAAACAAAACAUGUGUAUUUAUAGACAUGAGCAAGCAUAUUGUUUUCCAAUAAAAUCAUUUAACCUUU